UCAAUAUUUGCUUUGUUUCCUCCUUUUUUUUGGUUGGCUCUAAUUUUUAUCAAGUCUGUUUAAUGUUUAACGGCACUAAUUAAGCAGAAGAUGAUGUAGCAGUAUAAGUAACAGUGCAGGGAACAACAUGGUCAGCUGAAUGCAACAGGGCUUCUGAUUUUAAUAAUUUGAAAAGAAGAUGAAGUGUCUCCUGUGCCUGUGUUUACUCCUUGCUGCUCUUUGUGCUGUAACCCAUUGUCACCAUGAAGAUGUUUGCCAUGAAGUCAACAAUACUAAUCUGCAAGAUGGAACAGAAAAUUUAUUGACACAUAAGUGUGACAAGCAAGGCUCUAACUAUGCAGAUUUUGUAUUUAGAUUUUACAAGCAAGCUAUAUCAAAAGAAGCUGAUGAAAAUGUUUUCUUUUCUCCCAUGAGCAUCUCCACUGCAUUUGCCAUGCUGGCUGUUGGUGCUAAGUCAACCACCCUGUCUCAGAUUUUUGGAGGACUGGGCUUUGACAAUCUGACUGAGGCUCGUGUAGGUGAUAUACAUGACAGUUUUCACAAAGUUUUAUCAGUAAUGAACUGUGCUGAUGCUAAUAUCACAGUAAAUAUAGGGAAUGCCAUUUUUACAGCUACUGGAUAUGAACCACAGGAGUCAUUUUUACAAAAUACCAAACAAUUUUAUGAUGCAGAUUUUUUUCCUAGUGAUUUCCAUAAACCAGAAGAAGCUAAGAAGCAAAUCAAUAAAUACGUAGAGGAGAAAACUAAGGGGAAAAUCCCUGAAUUAGUUGGUUAUCUUGAUCCAAGUACUGUACUAGUUCUAGUUAACUACAUUUAUUUUAAAGCUGCCUGGGAAAAGUCUUUUGAUCCUUCGUGUACCUAUGAGGAUGAUUUUUUUGUGAACACAAAUGCAUCUGUUAGAGUCAACAUGAUGCAGCGCGACAGUAUCUUUAAUGCUUACUAUGACCAGGAUCUCUCCUGCAAGGUGAUAGAGCUGCCUUACCAGGGCACUGCCCGAGCAUUGCUCAUUCUGCCUGAUGAUGGAAAGAUGAAGCAAGUGGAAGAUGCUCUCUCCAAGGAAACUCUUUGUAAAUGGGAUGACAAACUUACGACCAGGAGAUUAAAUCUGCAUUUACCGAAGUUUUCUAUUAGUGGGUCUUACGAUGUUAAAAACCUGUUUGAGAAAAUGGGCAUUACUGAAGUGUUCUCAGGUAAUGCUGAUCUGUCUGGAAUUAGUGGCAGCCAUAAUCUCCAGGUUUCAGAAGCAAUUCACAAGGCCCUGCUGGAAGUUGAUGAGGCUGGAACUGAAGCUGCAGGAGCCACUGCCAUAACCAUGAACAGAGUUCUGUUUCUUUCAGAUACCAUCAAAUUCAACAGGCCCUUCAUUAUUUUGAUCUCUGGCAAGCAAACUGGCACUACACUUUUCAUGGGGAAAAUUGUUGAUCCUACUAAAAAGUAAUUGCUGAGUUUUUUGGCAUAUUGUUAUUGGCCACACAUUAUAAUGGGCACAGUGUUUGUACACGUGGGCUAGUGAGUGCUACUAACUACUCUCUGACUGAGGGAUAUUCAGAAAUAAAUGAGGAAUUUACUUGUCAAAUUAAUAAGCAAAACAGUUGUAAGAAAACCACAUCAAGUAAGGCUUUUUAAAUGUAACACUUUCCCUAAUUGAGUAAUUGUAUUGGGUUUGAAUGGCAAGGUUUUGGUAAUGGGGGUGGGGCUACAGGCGCUUCUUUGAGAAGCUGGUAGAAGCUUCCUUCAUGUCCAACAGAACCAAUGGCAGCUGGCUCCAGGACAGAGCUGGCACUGGCCAAUGCUGAGCCCAUCAGAGAUGAUAGUAAUGCUUGUGUGAUAAUAUAUUUAAGAAGGGGAAAAUAAAAGUUAUUUUGCAAAAGUAAUUGUAGCCAGAGAAGAGCAGAGUGAGAACAAGUGAAAGAAACAGCCCAGCAGACACCCAGGUCAGUGCAGAAUGAGAGGGAGAAGGUGAUCCAGGUGCCAGAGCACAAAUUCCCCUGCAGCCCAUGAUGAAACCCUGGUGAGGCAGCUGUGCCCCUGCAAGCCCUGGAGGGAUGCAGCAAUCCACCUGCAGCCUGUGUAGGAGAUGGGUGUCCAAAGGAGGCUGUGACCCCAUGGGAAGCCCACACUGGAGCAGGCUCCUGGUAGGAGCUGAGGACCCCUGGAGAGAGGAAACCAUGCUGGAGCAAGUUUGCUGGCAGGACUUGUGAUCCUGUGGGUAACCUGGGAUGGAGCAGCCUGUUCCUGAAGGACUGCACCCCUUGGAAGGGACCCAUCCUAUAGCAGUUCAUGAAGAACUGUAGUCCAUGGGAAGCACUCACACUGGAGAAGUUUGUGGAGGACUAUUACCUGUGGGAGGGACCCUAUACUGGAAAAGGAGUAGGACUCCUCUCCCUGGGAGGGAGCAGCAGGAGAAACAAAAUGUGGUGAACUGACCAUAAAUCCCAUUCCCCAUCUCCCUGCACAGUUGGGGGGGAGAAAGUAGAGCCUGGGAAGGAGGGAUGGGUAGGGGGAAGGUGUUUUUAAGAUUUGUUUUACUUCUCAUUAUCCUGCUCUGGUUUUGAUUGUUAAUAAAUUAAUGUAAUUUCCCCAA